CAAAUAACAAAAAGAAAACUAGUACUCAUUCACUUAAAGGUUAUACAACAGGAAGUGCAUCAACUGCAGCCUCUAGAUUACACAAACUCAACAAGCGAUCUACAGCCCAAGUUAAUAUUCUGGGGCAUAAUACUACUCACCAAAAUACCCA